CGGGGCUCCGGGCGCUGCCGGAAGCGGAAGCGGAAGCAGAAGCGCGCGGGGACAUGGCGGGAGCCUGGGGCCGGGUCGGGGCCCUCAGCGGCGCCGCCGCGAUGGCGGCUGCGGCCUACGGGGCCCACGGGCUCCGCCGCAGCGACCGGGACGAGUAUCAGAAGGAGCUCUACGAGACGGCGAACCGGUUCCACCUCCUGAACAGCCUGGCGCUCCUGGCCGCCCCCCACUGCCGCCGCCCCGCCCUGGCCGGGUCUCUGUUCUGCGCCGGGAUCGGCCUCUUCUGCCUCCCCCUCUACUACCACGGGCUCAGCGGGGACCCAGGCUUCAACCGCACCGCGCCCCUGGGGGGGACCUGCUUCAUCCUCGCCUGGGCCUCCAUGGCCCUCUGAGGGGGCGCCCGGGACCCACGGAGGGGGGAGCCCCAGGGACCCCGGCGUCCGGGACCCACGGCGGAGGGACCCCCGGGGACGCCGCCAUCCCCCCUCCCGAGGGACCCGUUUCCCCUUUAAAAGGCGGAGCUUCCCCCGUCGCCGGCCUCCUAUUGGUGGAGCUCCCGGCCAAUGGGGGUGCACGCUCACCUGCGCGCCGGACCGUGAUUGGGGCGCAGCAGUGAAGGGCAGCAGCCAAUAAUGAGAAAAUGGGUGUGGCCUUCCCCCGCCUUCUGAUUGGCUGCUGCACGAUUCCCCCUCCCCCCCGGUGCCGUGGGGGAUGCUGAGUUUGGUGACGUCACAGCAGUUGCUGGGCGACAGCCAAUGGUCGCCUGGCUCCCCGCCCACCCCCCCCCCGCUUCCCUCUCCCCGUUGGCUGGGCCAGCAGCCAAUCGGAGGAGCUGAAAGCGGAUUGGCUGGUGGGCGGCCCUUCCUCGGCCU